ACUAAGUUAUCCAUGCAUUUAUAUUUUUUUUAAAAAAAAAAAACUACAUUAAAGUAUCUCUCUAAUACUCCCUUUUGCCAAUACAACUAUAACUCCACUUAUCACUCCCUAUAUAAGGGAGUCACUAUGCAAUGUACUUCAUCAAUUACUUUACAAAUUCCUCCAUCUUUAAAAACGCCUACCCUUCUAAAAAUAUUUGACUCAUUAGCUCCUUCUCCUAAUCCAGACAAGUUCAUGUAUUCAUCUGACGGCUCAUCAGAGGAGGAAUCACUUGAUCUCACAGACGAGAGAGACGAUUGUGUUGUCAUAACUGGUAAGCCACUUACCACCAAAGUCAGUUUGUUAGUGAAAGGAGGGGAUGUUGAUGACAAUGGGCAACCAAUCGAGAUGAGUGUUGACAACCGUUUACAUACGGUUUUCUACGAGUACGCAGCUAUGGUAGGCCUUCGUCCUAAGGACCUACGAUUGUGGUGGAGGGGUAAUCUUGUUACACCAGAAGACACUCCAUUUAAACUUGGAUUGUACAUGUCCGAGGUUAUUCUUGCGUAUGACAAGGAGGGCAAAGGAGUUCCUAUUGAUCCACCAGCACAGGAACCAAUCAAGCAACAAAAUAGUUAUUACGGUAUGCACUGUAGCAUCAGGCCGUGAGUCUCAUCGAUUUUCUAUUCGCAAAACAGCCCGUGUGCAUGACCUAUACAUGAAAUGGGGCUUAAGUCACAACGUCGACGCUCAACGUGUCCGUUUAUGGGUCAAUAGGGAGGACUUAAACGAUGAGAAGACAUUGGAAGAGGAGAAUGUUCGAGAUGGGGCUGUGGUUUGGGCUCACAUUGAGCCUCGUGGUUUUAAAAGGAACGACCACAUUAGGUUUAAUGAGGCUUACUACAGAUAAGCCUAAGAUUUGAUUAAGCCACAGUUGUACUUAAAUUAUAGCUGAAAUUAGUAUUGUGUACUACUAAUGUAGAUGGUUUAAAAUAACAUUGACUAAGAACCAAUUAACUAGUAAUGUAUUAUGAAGGUACUAAUGUGUAAACUAAGAACCAGUUACUGUUCCCUUAAGCAUAAUAUAUUAAGAACCAUGAACAUGUUUUGGAUAUAUAUGCACUUUGAAGAUGUGAUGUACUUAAGUAAGUUCUUAACAAAAUCAAAAUUUCGUUGGGUUAAGUAAAAAGUGACUAAGAUCGAUCGAAAUAUCCCACUUUUUACUUGACCCAACAAAUAACAGCCCAAGAACCAAAGUUCAGAACAUAGCC